AUGCCUCGUCCACGACCACCCCCUACGCCCGGCAAUUCAACAGAUUUGAAGGCAAUAGAAAAGAAUAUUCAGCCGGAUCUCGAGACCGCUUUCGACCUACCUCCACCGGCAUUGCGUUCGCCCAAAUCAUUGACCCACACGUCCUCGAAAGGCUCCGCUCCCCCGUCCACGAUCCCCAAACAACGAACUCCUCCGGUGUCACCAAAGGACAAGUCUUUUGCAUCUGAGCCCCGAAACAAGAGAACCGCCUCAGGCAUGAUUAAAUCCAAUGGCGGUGCGGAGGCGUCACAGUUGUCCCGCAACUCAAACCCUUCUCAUGGCCUCCCCCCUCCUCCUAGUCGUGCUCGCAAGAUCAUACAAAUGAAACCAAAGUCGACUUCGACGCAACAUCAGCCUUCUCCGGAUAGUGACGCAAGCUAUCACCCUCCAGGCAGUGUCGGCACCGUCGGAACAUCCAAAGCCAAUGCUAGCACCGCAGCCAAUACCUCAACCACCUCGAAGCGGAAACAGGCGACAGCUUCUAGUGCUGCCGGCCGCAAGAUUGCCCGCAAAACAGCACAUAGCAUCAUCGAACGCCGGCGUCGGAGCAAGAUGAAUGAAGAAUUCGGUGUGCUCAAGGACAUGAUACCUGCAUGUGAAGGGGUGGAAAUGCACAAACUGGCCAUCCUCCAAGCAGGUAUCGAAUACCUGAGAUAUCUAGAAGGGUGUGUUGCACAAUUGAAAGUUGGCAAGGGCAAGGCUCAAAAGAACGAUGACGAAGCGCGCGACAUGCCCAAAGCCUUGAACAUUGUCAUCAGAGACGAAGAGUAUGACGAUGAAGAUGAAGAAGAAAUGGACGACGAGCAGCCAGAGACAGCAGCACCAUAUUCGUCGCAUACUCAGCCUGGACGUCAGCACAACACAUCGUCUAUCCCGCCGAGCGAAUGGCAGUUUCGUGACGCACGCACAGGAUCCAUUGCAUCUGCAGGAAGUUCAGCAUAUCCAUCGCCAUACUUACACGCAAUGCCAGGUCAAGGGCAAUCAGAAGAGCAACCGCAAAUCAAGCUGCGCCCUGGUCCCAGUCCUGCCGCUGGUUUCGGCUCAUAUUCUGGAUCGCUCAACCACGUGCCCACCGGCAGCGCAAACCCAAGUAAUCCCAGCGCAACGCCGACGCCGACACUCCUGAGUCCUGCGUUCAACUCAAUUCACUUCUCGCCGGAAUUGACAAGGUUGCCCACCAAUGACGGAAGUCGAAUGAUGCAAUCAUCAACACCAUGGAUGUCGAUCAACAGCAGCAGCCAGAGGCCUAGUCCACAGAUGCAACCUCUGCCCAGCCCCAAGACGGCCAUUCACUUACCUCUUCCCCCAUUGUCUCAAAUGACGGCUUUGCAACUACCCCAGGCGCAAACAUCUACGGCGGGGCGAGCCAGUGUUUCCGAGGAAAGCGGAAGAGACUACAGCAAUAGCAUCAGCAUUGGCGAAAUAUCCGAGACCAACGGCACAGCCGAAGCCACUGCAUCUGCUGCAUUGAUGAUGUUGACGACUGAUUGGCGCCACAGCGUGGGUAUUGGGGGUGGUGUCGGCUCAGGCAAUGGACAAGGCGGUGCUGGACAGGGGAAAGAUCGAGGAAAGGGUAUGAGUGUUCAUGACUUGUUGAGUUCAUGA